CUCUCAGCUUUCUUCACAUUCAAUUAACCUGUGACGCUGACCCGUUUUGGCGCGGUCCUGCGCUCUGAUUUUACGCACAAGCGUUGAUUUGAUCUGUCUGUUACCACGGGCGAACAUGCGCGCGCCGUGCUGUGCGCGAGGUCCACAUGACGUGAAAGAGCAGGAUAUUCCUCCAGGACAAGUUUGAGGGUUACUUCUGCACCUGAAUGCGAGCAGAGAGUGAGAACUCGACGGGAAAGAUCACGCAGGUGUUCAGCAGCCCGAACCUCGCGAAGAAUGCAACUUCUCACCUGCGCUUAAGAGGCUGCUGGCCUAUGAAUGGGACUGUGCUGUGGCCAACACUGCUUUCGGUACUCCAGUCAGGACUAUGUGCUGCCCAUGUGCGACUCUGAAUGCACUGGCCAGCUGUUUGCGAGAGCAGGGAGGGUGGGGCGGCCCACCGGGGGCGAGGUGGAAACAGGGCAAUGCCCCCUCCGUUCCGGAUCGCGGUGCUGGGAGCUCAGGGGGUGGGCAAGACGGCCAUUGUGCAGCGCUUUCUUCACGAUGACUACAGUGAGGUGGCGGUGUCCAGUAAGACACGGCAGAUGCAUCUUUCUGCCGCAGUGCUCGAUGGUCAUGUUCAUGACCUUCAGAUCACAGAUUAUCCAGCCAUCAGCAGCUUCCCUGUCAGCUCUCUACAGGAAUGGUCCGAUGUUUGCUGCCGAGGCAUUCGGAGCGCUCAUGUCUACGUUCUGGUUUAUGACAUCUGCUGUUUCGACAGCUUUGAGUAUGUCAAGACCAUGCGGCAGCAGAUCUUAGAGACCAGAGUCAUGGGCUCUGGAGAGACGCCCAUUCUGAUUGUCGGCAACAAGCGUGAUCUGCAGCGAGGUCGCGUCAUCCCUCGACACAGCGUAUCUGACUUAGUCCGAAAGAGCUGGAAGUGUGGAUAUGUGGAGUGCUCUGCCAAGUUCAACUGGCACAUUUUACUGUUGUUCGGAGAGGCUCUCCGCAGCGUGGGUUGUGCCCGCUGCAAGCACGUCCAUGCCACCAUCCGUUUCCAGCGGGCGCUCAGGAGAGAGAGAUGUGUCCUAAUGUGAGGUUUAUGGCUGUGGACACUCUAUUAUUGUGUGGGCCGCUGGAAGAGCUGUGAUAACCCUCAUGCCAAGGAAUUUAACAUUUGGGAUUCUAACUAUGGACUGACAGAUGUGGUCUUAUAACAAGAAGCCCCUGUUGUUUCAUUACUUAAGCCUUCAAACUGAUGCCUCCGCUUUUGGCCUGAAAGAACACAACCAACAUCCCUGCCUCUUAUCUUAGAAAUCCAAACUGCCAAAAGGCAAGAGGAAGACAACUUAAUUCAGCUUUAAUGUUACAUUAAUACACUUGCUUAAGUUCAGACCAGGACAGCACAUAGACGCUCCUCUAUGCUUAUGAGCUUAAGGAUCUUCCAGUUCCUGCAAGCAGAAGUGUUUCCCAGCUCAGGUGCCAUAUGCAGGCACUGAUUCUGCAAUACACCACACAGCACAAAUUACACACAGAAUCUAUGUUCUAUGGAUACUUCUGUGUUUUAAAGGAACAGUUCACUGACAAAUGGCAUAAUUUACUCACCUCUGUGUUGUUGCAAACCUGUCUGUCUGUCAUUUGUGGAACACAAACUUUACCAUGUAGUUACAUACAAUAGUAAGCUUUCACGCCUCAAAAGGGAUGCAAAACAGUUAUCCAUACUGCUCCAAUACCAUACAAUAGCUUUAUAUAGGAAUUUAAUGGGAUUUCACCCAAAAUCUUCCUCUUUAGUGAACUGGAGGAGGGGACCGUGAUAACCCUCUGCUGGGAUCAGGAGUCGAUCUGAGUUAAACUCGAACCAGGGGCCUCAAUAAAAUAAAAUGUUGCAUAGAAACUGUCCUACAUUUGAUCAUACGAUCAUUUCUCAAAUGUGCACACGUGUGAUUCAGGGAAGUGAAGUGAAGUGACAUUCAGCCAAGUAUGGUGACCCAUACUCAGAAUUUGUGCUCUGCAUUUAACCCAUCCGAAAUGCACACACACAGAGCAGUGAACACACACACACACACACACACACACACUGUGAGCACACACCCGGAGCAGUGGGCAGCCAUUUAUGCUGCGGCGCCCGGGGAGCAAUUGGGGGUUCGAUGCCUUGCUCAAGGGCACCUAAGUUGUGGUAUUGAAGGUGGAGAGAGAGCUGUUCAUGCACUCCCCCCACCCACAAUUCCGUCCGGCCCAAGACUAGAACUCACAACCCUUCGAUUGGGAGUCCAACCCUCUAACCAUUAGGCCACGACUUCCCCAAAAAUGAAUGACUGUCAAACAAACAAACAUGCAUACGCUUCUCUUUCAGAUGUUACUUUUAUAAAACGCAAAUGAUCGUGAAAUUGUGCACAGCUGAAUGCGUUCAGUUUUCACAUUGUUAACGCAGCCUAUUUAAUGCCAUUAACAUGAUAACAUAAUUAUAACAAAAUAAGCAGCAAUCUACAUCCAAAUCCUUUACUUGAGAAUGAACAGCGACAAGAAUUUCUAACGUUUCUUCUCAUACACUGAAAAAUUCAUAUAUCUGCUUGGACACUGACUUCGUAAUAAUCACUUUUCCACAGACCGUUUUUAUAGGUCUGAAAGUUGGUGUUGAUUUUAAAAUACACAUCUGAAAACAGUUUUGUGAAUCAGAUCAACCUAUUCAUUGAAAAGAUCUAAUAAAGGUUCAUUCAUAAUUUGGAAAAUCACUACUUCUAAGAGCUUGGGCUUUUUCAGUGAGUAACUUGAGUUUCAGUCUGUUUGUGAAACAAAGCUCUCGAAUGGCUUCAUAAGGCUUGCAAUAUAGUGCAGUAUUAUUUUUAGAUUAGUAUAAUAUUUAUUCAUUUUUAGAAUUAGCUUUUUUAUUUUUUAGUGUUUAUGUUAUUUUUAAUAGUCAUUAUAUAUAUGUAUAUGCACGUAUGCAUGCAUACUAAUAUAUAUAAAUAGCUUCUGCUGUAUAUAGAUUUAUUUUUAUUUUUUUUAUGUAUAAUUUUAAUUUAAUUUUUAUUCUAGUUUUGGGUUUAAUACUUUAAAAUAAACUUGUUUCAGUUUGCUGCCUAGGCAACAUUUCAUCUAA